ACAAGGACUCGUAUACUCCUAGCUCCUAUGUUCUAACUAGUUAUUAAUUUGUUCCUCUUCUUCCUUAUCUUAUCCCUACCCUUGUUGUUUGUGAUAUCUAGUUUGGCCAAAACAUGGUUCUAACUGCACUGUUUCUAGCCGUUCUGUUCAUUGCAGGCCUCAUAAAUGUGUUCUACUACAUACCCACCAACAAGAUUCGCUUGUGGCUGCAAAUAUUCUUCCCUAACAAUGCUUGCAAAACCAACUUCGCUGUUGCCUCAUCUUCUUCACAAAUGACCAAGGUUGAGAGGGAUGGCUACAGGAAAGAUGAUCUUAAAAAGGUGUUCUCCACUUUCGACAAGAAUGAUGAUGGAUUCAUAACAAGGCAUGAGCUGAGGGAGUCACUGAGGAACAUCAGAAUCUUCAUGACAGAUAGAGAGAUUGAUGAUAUUGUUGUAAAGUUUGAUUCCAACGGAGAUGGGUUGAUUGAUUUUGAUGAGUUUUGUUUGUUGACUAGUGAGUCUAUGGGAGGGAAUGAAGAAGAGGAGAAAGAGGGUAUUGGCAAGGAAGGUGAAGAGGUAAAUUUAAAGGAGGCUUUUGAUGUGUUUGACAAAGAUAAAGAUGGGCUUAUAUCAGUGGAAGAGCUAGCUUUGGUGCUUACUUCAUUAGGAUUAAGGGAAGGGAAGAAGGUUGAAGAGUGCAAAGAGAUGAUUAGGAAGGUUGAUAUGGAUGGAGAUGGUAUGGUCAAUUUUAACGAGUUCAAGACAAUGAUGAUUAACGGAGGAAAGCUUGUCUUUGUUGCAUAGUCCAUCACAUGCUCUGCCACUACCACUCCCAGUCUUUCUCUGUAUUCUUCGUUUCUUUCUAUCCAUAUCCGCUAUGAUAUUAACUCAAAACACUCGCAACUGAAAUUGUGUGUGUAUGUACAUGAAAUGAAAUAGUGCUUUGGUGUAGUAUGUGUGAAUUCCUGAUUAAUUUCCAAGUUUCUGUAACCUAUGGCUAUGGCUAUGACCCAUUAUUCUUUUCUUUCUUUCCUUUUCAAGAGAUUGGUUUUCUUUAUUUUGUGUGUGUGGAUACUAUUAGUACCAAUAACCAUAUAUAUCAUUCAG